AUGAAGUCUCGAAUAACAUCCCUUCUAGCGCCGCUGGCCGGCCUAGUUUCUCUCGUCAAUGGUCUCGAACUCGAUCUCACCAGUCAAGACUCGGUGAAAUCAGUGACCUCGACCAUCGCCUAUGAUAUGAUGACUUAUUAUUCUGGCAACCAAAGCGGUCAAACCCCUGGACUACUACCCGGGCCGUGUGCUUCGACCGAAUGUUACUACUGGUGGGAGGCCGGGGCCAUGUUUGGGUCUCUGAUCAACUAUUGGCAAUACACGGGGGAUGACAGUUACAAUCAUGUUGUCGAACAAGCACUCGCAUUCCAGAUCGGUCCCGACCAAAACUACAACCCUCCCAACCAGAGCAAGAACAUGGGUGUCGACGAUCAAGCGUUCUGGGCCUUUUCCGCCCUCGACGCAGCCGAAGCGAAUCUUCCCGAGCCUGGCGGCGAUGUUCCGUCGUGGAUCGCUCUCGCGCAAGCUGUUUUCAACUUUCAGGCGGGGCUUUGGGACACGGCCACUUGCGGCGGUGGCAUGCGAUGGCAGGUCUAUUCAUUCAACGCCGGGUACAAUUUGAAGAACACCAUUUCCAAUGGAGGCAAUUUCCAGUUGGCGGCUCGGUUGGCGAGAUAUACUGGGAAUCAAACCUACGCCGACUGGGCGGAGCAAAUGUGGAAUUGGAUGGCAGCCAGCCCGCUGUUCCAAUACCAGGACGGCAAUCUCUACAUCUGGGAUAACACUGACACUGCCAACAACUGUACGGAUGUAGCUCACUUUGUCUGGACGUACAACUAUGGCACCAUGUUGAUGGGCGCGGCCUACAUGUACAACUACACGAACGGUGCCGAGCCCUGGGGAACCCGCGUCAGCCAGAUCUUGGACGGAGCGUUCAAGCUCUUUUUCCCGUCAGAAUACGGUGGCAACAUCAUGACCGAGUUCCAAUGCGAGCCCGCGGCCAACUGCAACAACGAUCAGAGCAGUUUCAAAGCUUAUCUCUCUCGGUGGAUGGCUGUGACCAUGUUGUUGGUUCCAAGCACGGCAGAUCAGAUCAUGCCGAAACUGCAAGCCAGCGCCGCUGGCGCUGCCCAACAGUGUACCGGAGGGAAUAAUGGACGUGCGUGUGGUCGAAGAUGGUAUGCCGCAUACGAUGGAACAAGCGGCGUGGGCCAGCAGAUGCAAGCACUCAGCGUCAUUGGCGCGACGCAAAUCAAUUCGGGAAUUGCACCCAAAUCCAUCAAUACUGGCGGCACAUCCAAGAGUGAUCCCAAUGCUGGAACCGACACCAACACGUCACCUCUAUCCCACCAAUCGCCCAUCACCACCAAAGAUAAAGCGGGUGCUGGCAUCCUUACCGUCCUGGCCAUUUGUGUCGUGGUUGGAGGAAGCGUCUGGAUCAUCCUGUGA